AUGCUGGCUCCAAUUUGUUGUGUCGACAAAGCCUCGUUGCUUAGGACGUGGCUAACCCAGUUGCGCUUAUUAUUCCUGAGCAGGAUGACGUGCUUCAAUAUUCAACGUAUCAAAAAAUCCGGUGUACUAACCAGUCAUCUAGGUUUGAAUAGUUUUAUCAUGUGGGUGAUGAGAGCUACUUUGUGUUGUUGUCUCUUUAAAAUAGAAAUUAUAAAACUGUCCGGAAUUCCUUCGCAACUUCACCGCAACGCAAGAGAGUUGGCUGAAAUGUGUUUUAAGAAUAAUUCAAAUCCAGUUAUUAUUUCCGCGGAUCUACUAAGCAAUGAUUGGGAUCCAGGUGGUAAUUCGUGGGUUGUAUUUGAUCACAAAUUCCAGAAACAGGCUACAGGCUUUAAUUCAGCUUAUCCAACAUACGUACUUUCAUUUGAGUCUAUUGGUUACUUGAAAGCAGUCAUUAAUCAUUUCCGGAGAUCGACUGCAUGGAGCAUCAAGUCUCCAUUUUUGAUCGUUGAAAGAAAAUCAUCUUGUUUGAAUGCUCGAGAAGUAUUGCAAUUCAUGUGGAAGCAGGAUCUAUUGGCCGUCUUUUACCUGUGUAGUGAUCAAGAUACGACGAUCGUUUUCACGUUGAAUCUAUUUGCAGCCUACGCUCCAGCACCAUGGUUUUCUUUUGACAAAUUCAGCGAUAAUGGAAAGAUAUUGACCCUUUACAGUAUGAAAUAUACAAAAGACAGCACUAUUUGCAGAAACAUAGCUUUCGAUAAGUCUAAAAAAUUAAAUGGUCAUGAGCCAAGGACAACACAUGGUUUUUUUCCUUCUUCGGUUCAAACGGCGUCCUUUAAAAACGGAUAUUUCAGACAAUUAGCCGAGACACCGAUUGAUGUUCUAGACAAAUCGUUCCAGUUAGCUGACACUAACUACAAAUACAUGGAUAUUUUAACACGGUAUGACGUAAUUACUUAUUCAAUCCUAACAAAAAAAUCGAACUAUUUGACGACAAUUAGUCAAGUUGCUUGCAAUUAUCAAUUCCUGUUCCUGACAAUCAUCAUGUUAAUGUUGAUUGGGAUGAUAAUCAUAAUUAACAACAAAUUUGAUAUCAGUAGCGGUAUCUUGGAUGUUAUGAGUCUGACAGCAGGCAUGGGAGUGAUCACACCUCUAGACCGGUUGUCGAUGCGGAUAAUCUACAUCGCUGGAUUCUUGUUUGUCUUCACCGUGAUGCCUGAAUUCCAAGGUCAGGUGUCUGCUAUACUUUAUUCUGAGCUAGGCAGAUGUGCAGUCGAGGCGGAGUUUAACUCUACGGUUGCUUGUAUUUCACAGAAGCGUUUUCAACAAUUGUAUGCAUCGAAAUCAACGAACUUGCAUUUAUCAAAAGACGUUAUUUUCGAAAAGUGUUUUGUCAACUGGGUCAGAAAAGAUUGGAGUCUUAAAGACAAACUUGAUAGAGUCAGUUCUUGGACCGUUGAAUCAGGGUUCUAUAGUGGUCAGAUAUCUCAAGAAAUCGAGUAUUUUACAAAAAAGCUCAGAGAAGCCAAACGGAUUGAAGAGCGUGCUAGUUUCGAGUUUAUUGAUUUCGAUACCUUAAUAUUGAGUUACAUGAUCGUUCUUGGGCUUUCAAUAUGGGGGCUGGUUGCCUUCGGGCUGGAGCUGCUUUUUCACAAGUAUGAAAAACGUCGCAGACAAACUCUGAUCAGAAGACGACACCGCAUGGAACUCAAAUCGCAGCUAAGGAAUGUUUCUUCUAUUGAGCAGAUUAUUCCGUCCAACCCUGGAACCUCUUUUGAGGGUUAA